GUAAUGUCCAGCUGCCAACUACCAGGUACAGAGCAUCCCAGCUCCAGGGACUUUCUGUGUAGUGCUACCUCAUGUAUAGCGGUGAAGUUCCUCUUGUUGCACGCUCCUCGCUACAUUAUGUUGAAUAUCAGACUCCUUCUCGUCAGUAGUUUCAUCUCGUUGAAGCCACUUCCAAUGAUCGUUCAUGAGAUGUUUCCACGCAUCGACUCCGCCGCAGAGGAAUGAUGCACUGGACGAUUGAAGCCCUGCCCAAACCCAAUGCUACCUAAGACACGGGACGUCGCUCGUCCUCAUCUAAACCCUCAGCUAUCGACGCAGAGCUUGAAGCUGUAGCAUCUACUAGACAAUGGAAAGAGGAAUACUACACAGGAGCCCGCUGGGGGCCACAUCGGUGCCGACACACUCCCUUGUACAGUACCUACCGACGUAGCUGGGAGCAGCCUAUAACGGCCACCAGGGCCAGGGAGGCCAUCUCCCGCACCAAGUCCAAACCACAAGCGUCUUCCGCAGCCGGGCCUGAAACAUCCCCAUUUGUCCACCCACCACUACUAGCGACACCUCCGGUGCAAUCCAUCAUCCUCAAUCCCCAAACCUUGGAAGAGGAUGACUGAUCAUCCUCUUUCGCGAAGUGCUAGAGGUUCUUGUCACUACUCCGCGCCUGCGUUCAGCCAACUCUUGGUGGACGAGGCCAGGAUCUAUUCCUGGGCACCGCCGGUUGAAGACCAGAGACUUGCCAGUGUACACACUCUUGAGCUGUGGUCGACUGCAAAAGAUCCUGAAACACUGGCGUCCGGCUCAAACGACCAACCACAUCCUUGGGCCGGGAAGUCCUCCGCACCCGAAAGCACCCUUCUGGCGAAUGCAGCUUACGACUCACAAGAGAAGGUGUCUUUUCACGCACGGGCACCCCUGUUGGCGGCUUGCGAGGAUCGAGGCAGUUAUCAAGCAGCCCAACCCCUGAAGAGAGCUCUUGCCAACGACUGGCAUUGACGGGUGAUCAGAGCAGAAUCUUCACAGGCUGGCAGCCUAUUAUUGCCAAAUAAUAUACUGUCAGCCUCCCGCUGUCCAGCUAUCACUGUUCCCCAUCUAAUGAGAAGACGCGCGGCAUGGUCACUAAUGUCGGUUCCUAGUCCAUCACAUGGGGCUCUCCGACCAGCCGAUAUUCAGAUUUUCCAAAGAACUUGAAUUGAAACACUGCUAGAGGAAGGAUUCGCCUACAAAAUGGCGCCUUGCUGUGUCACGCACCACCCCUGAACGCAGGACAUUACUAUUUGAACUCCUCCAACCUCACUGGAGCAGUAUGUCUCCCUCCUCCGUGUCUCCAAUGGCAAAGCGCGAGGCAACGACUGCCCACUGCAGGAACAAACCAUGAUGAAAAGAAUUUGGGCUAGCGACUGUGGCCGACGCUGAUUGAUGAUUGUCCUUGCCACCCCAACAGCUUCCUACUCUCGAGCAAAGCUUUGAGCUUCUGGAGCACUUGCCGGACCAGCCAUAUAUUCGAGCAUAGGAAACAGGCCAGCCUGGCGGGCGCAUUCUAUGGCUAGGAUCGAUCAUUGUGCACCGUCCUUGAUGGCAAUACGAAGUCUGGACAUGAACUUACGAAAGCAUCAUGCCACUAACCAGGGCAUUAUGCUUUGCGGGUAGCGUUCGACUCCACCGCGGAAGGAGCGCAGUGAGUAGAAGCUCGAGCUUCACUAUACAGUCCUUUCAAUCUGUCCCUUGAGGCGGAUACUGCAGGGGGACAAUCCUUGGUGGUGAGUUGAGUUGUCCAAUAUGCAAUGUAGUCUACCCUAAGGUUUGCCUGCGCCGAACCCUGCACUAACCGUUGCCGCGGAUCGGGCUAUUGUUCCCGUCCUUUUCAUCCUGAUCUUUCGCUACAAGUAGCGUACAUGAUAUUUGGGUUUAACUCCCUUCGGUACGGCCCUGGCAGGAUUGAAUGGGAAGGAUCGAGUCGCCCAAGGCAGACUGGGAUCCGCCGGGAGCGGACAGGCUUGUUGUAUUGUUUCUCUCAGGGCCCUGUACACUCGUUACGACUGUCCAGAUGAGCAGGUUACCCCCAUGAAAGUGGUGGGAAUGGCGGAGUGGUGAGAGCAUCCAAUCGCCGGGCGCGGGAGUGUUGCAGUCACCGAAACUCACAUGGGGGUUCUCGAGAUGGUAUGAUGGGCAGAUAUAUCAACAGGUGAGGCAACUUGGAUGCAGGCCAUUACCUGAUCAAUCUCUAGCGCAGAUGAGUACCUACGUACUAGUAUUUGAGGGAGAAAGAGCGGGAGAGGUAACAGUAAUGAUGUUUUUAAGGUGACAGUUUGUAUGUGACAAAGAUGAAUGUCCGGAUCUGCAGCCGUAUCUCCGUGCUGGUGCAAUUUGUUCUGUAGACGGUUGUGUUCGCUUCACGUUGUCUCUCCAAAGUCUAGAACCCAACAUCCUCGACACGCUGCAUCCUGGACCCCAGCGAAACACGAAAAGGGAGCUCCAGAAAACGACCUUCUCUGUCCUUUGUGAUCUCGGAUCUUUUGUGACGUCUUUCUACCAGGCCUUUGGACGCAUACAUCGAUUGUCCUCCAUCCCACGUUAUCAGGCUGGAGAUUCUCCCACUCUUCAACCUUGCUCAACCACGCAGGUUUGGCAAUGACCCUCCACUGCCAGCAUGAACUCUAUCACCGAGCCAUUACCUGGCCUCCUUGACGAUCCUCAGUUUCAAAUCUCUGAUCUGCCUGCUUUGACCGAAUUCCAAAUCGCUCCUCUACGCAACCCCGCGCCUACCAGACAUGGGAACGUCCCGUUGCCGCUGGAGCCCGGGGCCAACAACAUUAUACAAAGCAGUCGGACUACCAAGCAGAACACGCUUGCGGAGGAACGCAGCGAGAAGAAAAGAGCUCCCAAAAUCACACCCAAUGAUGUGCUGCUGGCUAGAGAAUCAAAGAAACCACAUUUGGCCAUUAGCGAACUGCUUGAAGCCAGAGAUGGUCAAGAAAUCGUUCCGACGCAGCUUCCUUCAUUCAUCAGUCUGUCAGUGGUGGAGAAAUCGCCCAUUCAGGCGCCCGCCACUUUGGAACAUCCCUAUGCUCAGAAGCGGCCGAGGAUCGAUGUGGAAAAUGAAUCCAAUUCACUGGAUUUGAUCCGACGACUGCCCCGGCCGGCACCGAAAGAUGAACGACAGAACCGGCCCGCCCCUAUGCUGCCCGCGAUGGUAACCGGACUACAUGAGCCUCCACCGUCUGCGGCUUUGCUCCCUUCUAUCGAUGUCGACUCCCGGCCUGGGCUAUCCCGCUCAAACACCACCUCCAAGAUCCAUGUCAAGGACAUAUUAACCGAAUCGGCCCAGUACACUUCCCCAGCUCAUGCCAACCCUUCCGCCAGUCAAGUUGAUCAGGAGACGCCCACGUCGAGGCAGCUUACAGGUGUUCACACCACCUCGUUACAGGAAGCUGCCGUGCCGGCCAACCCGAAGCCGGUAUUUGCACUGACCGCGUCGAAAGAUAGCAAGCCUCGGCGUACACGACGUAAAUGGUCCGAAAACGAGACGAGAGAUCUUCUAGCCGGCGUGAAGAAAUACGGUAUUGGCAAAUGGAAACAGAUCCUCGACGAUCCCUCUUUCGAAUUUAGUGAUCGCAGCUCAGUCGACCUCAAGGAUCGCUAUCGAGUAUGUGCAAACAAUGACUCAGUUCCUAGGACAGAUACAGGGUUUGUCAAAACGCCCCCUGACACCGAGACAUCAGCCUUUACAGAAGGCUCCGGUGCUCCUCCAGACUCCAGUGCUCCACCAGACUCCAGUGCUCCUCCAGACUCCAUCUCGCCGGAUAGGGGUGUUGGCACAAGUUCGUUGCGGGAUUCAGGUCAAUCCGGGAAACCGCGCCGCAAGCGCCGAGCCUGGACCACUAUUGAGGACAGGAAUCUGCUCAAAGGCGUGGGCAAACACGGAUUCCAAUGGACCGCCAUUCACGAUGAUCCUGAGCUUGACUUACACCACCGCCGAGCGACCGAUCUACGUGACCGUAUACGCACCAAGUAUCCAGAAGGCUAUAAGCACGCCGAGACUGCGCCCCUCAAAUCGGAGCUCAAAAGGACCGACAAGCUCGGCGGUCAAACAACUGUGCCGAAAGCUGCUGGUACAGGGACCGGCAAGGUUGGAAUCCCCGCCAGGAGCCCAGAGUCAUCAUCAACAUCGCCAAACCAUCAGGCCUCUUCUGCCUUACGUUCGAAUUCCAACAUUUCACUGCACGGCAUCGCUAUCAGUGGGCUGACAAAACGGUCCACGUCUUCCAGUAGCAUGACCAUGUUACUCCAUUCCGCGGAUAAAGAGGACCACCAGGACCGCGAAGGCGCCAAAGACAAAGACAAAGACUAUACAAGGGACAAGUCGAGCGAGAAGGACCAACAGCAACUACUACAACAACAGCAGCAGCAGCAGCCAGGCGUCACCUUGCCGAGCUUCACGCUUGAUGUCGGCGACAACAUGGAUUGGGAGGACAACAGGCUACCUCCGCUCCAUGAGUGGGAAGAAAUCGGUAUGUAACACGACAGCGGUCGCAUAGGGGCGUGCUGUCAAAUCACCGCCUUUCGAAUGGGCUUUUUCGAGCAAAAGAGCACGAUUUGCUCCAAGUGUGGAGCAGGAGUACCAAAAAAUAGGGUGAUUGCAAGAGCGCUUCCGCCAUCGCUGACUUCUUUUUUUUUUUUCUUUCGCUUUCGCUGCUUAGACAUGGUCCGAGCAGACCUUGGGUCUUGUAGCGACGUGAGGCAGCUGUAUGCAUAAAUGACAUGAUUUCAAAUCUGCUUAUGAACGUUGAUCCCCAUGUUACCGGCGAGGUAUCGGGUCCAGUACCUAUAUCGCAGUGCAGCAGUGAAUCUUACGAACUCGAAUUGUUGCUGAGCAGAAAUAGACAAACGCUGCGAGUACUAAGCAAAAACAUAGGAAACCUGGAUGUAGCUAAAAUGGCUUAAGCAGUAGUAGUUCAAUGUCUUCAUGUCAUUGCUUUUCAG